AUGGCAGAGUAUAGACACUACGCGGUACCUGAUCCCGAGUGGGUAGAUUUCCCCAACAAUCUUCCCCCCGACACAAAACAUUCGGGCAUGACCCGAGAUCAUAAUCCCAUCACUCCACAAGAAGGUCUCGAUAUCUUCGAGCUUGACGUAUUAGCUCGCGACAAUGCGCCUAUCACACUGCGCAUCUACCGUCAGACUGCCAGCCGCGAUGAUGCCCUUCCUCUGUUUUUCUACAUGCACGGCGGUGGCUAUGUCACUGGCAGUCUAGAGACAGAUGACUUAACCUGCCGUGCAAUAGCGCUGGAACUGCCUCUUGUUGUGGCCAGCGUUGAGUAUCGACUUGCGCCUGAGCAUAAGUUCCCCGUUGGCUUUGAGGAUAGCUUCGAUGUCGUCCGCUGGGCUGCGUCGUCGGAAGGACAGAGCAAGCUAAACACAGACCUCACCAAGGGCUUCAUCCUCGGCGGAACAUCUGCAGGCGCCAACUUCACCGCUGGUAUUUCACACCUUGCUCGCGACGACGGCCUUUCUCCAAAGAUCAGUGGUGUUGUGUUCCUCGCCGGUAGUUUCUGCCAUCCAAAUGCCAGACCCAAGAAGUACCUAGAUCGUAUCCUAAGCGUCGACGAGAUCGACGAUGCGCCUGGUCUCACUAGGAAGUCAAUUGACUACUUUGCAGGAUUAUACGGCGCUCCUCCAGAAGAUAAGCGGCUGUCACCUCUCCUCUUCGACUCGCAUGCGGAUAUUGCAAAAAAGGCAUACUUCGCCAUCUGUGGUUGGGAUCCACGACGUGAUGAGGCUAUUCUUCUGGAACAACUGCUCCAAGAAGCUGACUUAUCUACAAAGUCGCAUGUAUACUCAGGACUUCCUCAUGGCUUCUGGACGACUUGUCCAGAUCUGCCUGUGUCCAAGAAGUGGUUGGAAGAUCUGCUGCAAGGCAUGCGUUGGUUGCUGGAGUAG